AUGGGAUCUGUGUGUUAGAAGGGAGAUGGCACAGUGAAUUGGCCAUGUUAUAGCAAUCCGAGAGGUUCCAAUCCGAGAACAACUUUCACAGUAAUUCCUGAGGAGGACUCCGUAAUUUACUCUUAAUACGAUCGCUCGGUUUUUACAGCUAGCUAGUUUUAUCAGAACCCAGAGACUCAAGUAAUGGACUCUAAGUAAUGUAGAGACAAACAUUAAUAUUGGGAAGUGCAAUUAAUGGAAAUAACAAACUCUAAAUCUUCAAUGUAUACUUAUCUAAAUUACUUUCGUCGCAUUCGAUUAAGUAAUAAGAUCAUUAUAAUCAGACUAACAAAUACAAGGAGCAAUGCUUAUGAAGUAUCUUUAACCAACAUCAAUCCUGAAUUGAGUUGCUAUUGUGAAUGGCAUCUCGAGGCAGACAAGUUGCCCAUUUGUUCUGGGGAUAAAAUAGAUGUAAAUUGACUUGUAAUGAUUCAGUUGAUACAUGUUCUGACAGGCAGAUCUCUUCUUGCAACUGAGCUCGAUGAAGAGGGCAUAGUUUAUUGUGGAUAUGGUUCAAAUAGAUGUUGGACUAUUGAAUUUGAUGAUAACAUUCUAAAAGAUGGGGCAAUUUUUGAAUUAAAACAUAAUGAAAUUACUAAAUACUUAUCUUUCAUAAAUAAAAAAGCGUCGCUAUCACACAAUAGGUAGGUUUGCUUAAAUGACAAUGAGGGAAAGAACAACUAUUGGAAAUUAGUUUUGAUUUAAUGA